AUGGAGUUUUCAGCUUCCCAUGCAGCAUAUUUUUCAUUGGUCCUAUUACAAGAUGCUGGAUGCUGGACAGAUGCUGCAACCUUAGCUUCAAGUCACUUAAAUGGAUCUGAUUAUGCAAGGGUGUUGCAAAGGUGGGCUGGACAAGUUCAUCGCAAUGAACAUAAUAUAUGGAGGGCUCUGAUUUUGUAUGUUGCUGGCGGUGCACUGCAAGAGGCAUUGGCAGUACUUCGUGAUGCACAACUACCUGACACAGCUGCAAUGUUCAUUCUCGCUUGCCGUGAAAUCCAUGCAGAGUUAGUUUCGAAGUUAGGUAAUCCUGACGAUGAAUCAAAUUCUUCCAUCCAUGGUAAGGUACCACACUUGCCAGGGUUAGAUCCUCAGAAUGACGAUGUCAUUGCUGUUGGUGAAUACUAUGGGCAGUAUCAACGAAAAUUAGUGCACCUAUGCAUGGAUUCGCAGCCAUUCUCAGACUAAAUACAGAGUUUCAUGACAUGGGUUCAAUUCUUUCAAUUUAUAUAUUCUUGAUGGCAUUAUUCAAAACGAGAGCAAAGUUCUAGUUUGACUCUCAUGUCAGUCCUGUUCAUCCUUUAGGUCAAAGGAUCAGAAGCUUUCAGUACAUUGUCAUUGCUGUAAGUGUAUGCUGGAGAAACUUGGAGAGGCAAUAUAUCAGUUUUGAUUAAACAUUUCUGAUUGAUUGCUGAGAAAACGUUGUCCUGAAAGUUUUUCCCCCCUCGAUGAUUCAAGCUCUUGGGUCGAUUAUACUAUUACAGCUGGUGUGUAAAUUUGUGUCAACAACAAAUUGUUUGUAACCUUGCUGUUUUGAUAGGAUGAGUUGAAGAGGUUGGAUAUGCGGCUCGAGAGUAGUGUGCUAUUAUGAUGAUUAAAUAGGACCUACUUCACUGCUGUUGAAAAAGUGAAGUUUUUUUUUUUUUUAAUUCUUCAGUUCUUACCACUGUUUUCCAAGAAUCGUUACACUUCUGGGUACUCUUAAUGAAUCAAAUGGUCGAACUUUAUCCUGAUGA